CGCCCCGCAGGCAGCCACCUCCGGCGUUCACCACUCUCUUUCCCUCCCUCUCUCCCCUCAUGGCUGACCACUGGCUGGACUGCCCCACGCUGGGCCCAGGCUGGAAGCGCCGAGAAGUCCCCCGAAAAUCGGGGACCACCUGCGGCCGCACGGACACCUAUUAUCAGAGUCCCACAGGAGACCGAAUCCGAAGUAAGGUGGAGCUGACCCGCUUCAUGGGCCCCGACUGUGACCUCAGCUCUUUUGAUUUCAAAAGUGGGGUUCUACGGUAUUUGCCCACCAAGGCUUCUUCUCAAAAGAAAAAGAGACCAGCCCGGCUGGAGAAGCGACCUCUGGAGUCCCUGGGAGCCCCCAUUGCCGAGGCCUCCAAGUUACCGCCUGCCCCCUGGAACUCCCUGUCCAAAUGGUGUGAAAAAUGUGGAGCCCGAAUAUCUGGGGACAGUGCGGGGCGGCAGCGCCUCAGGUUUCUGUGUAAAUGCUGCCGAGCCCAGAGAAAUGACUUCAACCGGGAACAGAGAAUGUUCAAGAGAGUGGGCUGUGGCGACUGCAAGGCCUGCCAGGUGACCGAAGACUGCGGUGUCUGCCCGGCCUGUGUUGCGCAGCUGUCCCAGCCCGGUGGCCCUCAGCUUCCUCAAAGCCGGUGUGUCCAGCGCCGCUGCCUCAAGAUCGUUAAUAAAUCCUUCGGCUGUGGUCUCUGUUCUGGCUGUCAGACCAAGGAAGACUGCGGAGCCUGCCGAAUUUGUGAGAGGCGAGGGAGGCCGGGCCUCAAAAGGCGAUGGAAAUGCCUUCAGCGCCGCUGCCUCAGGAGUACCAGGAAGAAACCCAGAGGGUUAGCUGCCCGGAAGCACCCAGGCAGGAGGCGCCGAGGCACAGGGCCACCGCUGCUGCCUCCAUCCCAUUCCCCAGCUGAAGCUGUUGGCCCUUCGGGCGCAGCUCAGGAGUAUGAGCGCCCAGGCCUUGGGGCCCCAGUGAAGCAGGAGGUGGAGGAGGGUUAUGUGGCCCAGACUCCUGGUGUUGCCUCCCCACCCCCUGGAGGCGCCUCUCCUGUCUUCCCCAGCAAGGGAGCUAAUCAGGCCCAGCUCCAGCAUUCUCUGAAACACGAAGGGGAAGCCGAGGCAGCCGCCAGCACUCCUGUGAUCAUGGAGAUUUACAGUUUGAGUGGAGCUAUCCCGACAGUGGCGGCAGGGCCCUGUGGAGGCCUGGAUGGCGUCCUGCAGGAGUUUCUGAUGGAGCUGAAUGAGCUGCCCCUGCCUGCCCACUGGGAGGUCCUGCCGCCCAGAGGGCCAGAAUUGUGUAUCACCCAGCGGUCCCCCCUGUCUACAGUGGCAGCUGCAGUCAUCCAUAUUCAGGCAGGCCUAUACUUUCACGUGGUGGUUCAGGACAUCAAUGUGCCGCCCACCCACGAGCUCUAUUCAGCCCACCCAUUGCGCCUCACCACUGUGGAUGAGGUCAUUGAGCUUAUCUGCCACCUGGAGGCCUACUGCCUGUGCCCUGGCUGGCCUGGCAGCUGGGGUAGGGGCUCACGGUCCCCGGACUGCGAGGUCCUCGUGUAUGAGGGCUCUUGCCAGGCCUGCAGCCUUGGAGAGCGGCAGUAGCCCCGGAACUCCAUGCACUGUGCUGUUCCUUCCCCUAACUCUCUCUACUAUGCUGCAUAGGAGUCGGUCUACACCGGAAAGGCUGAGGGGAGGGUAUCCUGCCUCCCACUAUGGACUGUUCUGAGGAUCCCCACUUGCCUGUUCUGGUCCUCCGUGACUUUCUGAGAGAACUGUCACAGCCCUGUGCCUAUUGUCACACACACACACUCACUUUUGUGUAAUUAGAAUCUCCUCCCCAGGACUCCAAUUCCCAGCAUCCCACUUUCCUUCUCACAUUCCCUGCUAAGUAAGGUAGGGAAGAUAAGUUUUGUGUAGCCCCAUCCCUCUCUCUUUCCCCUUAAUCUCACUGGGGAAGGUUGUUGGCUGCAGGCAGGAGGAGAACUUACUCAUGUGAGUUUAUUUUUGUUAGAUAAUUAGGUUUGAAUUUCUAUUUCUUUUAGUCUAUUUUCUUUCUACUGCAAGUGAUCAUAAAUAAACUUUAUAAAAUAUAA